AUGAAAAAAAAAAAUAGGAAAAAAAGUGUCGUAGAUACUUUAUGGGACAUCCAUAAAGAUAAAGAAGAAAGAAAAUAUAGGAGACACAGAGAAAAAUUAGCUCUUCUCAAAGAAAUUGGGUCAGAAUCUAACCCCUCAAAAUAUCAAUCCUCUUCAGAUGAUGACUUUAUCAAUCAAAACUUACCCUCUACCUCAAAAAAUACUCAAAUGAGAACAAAGUUAUCUAGGUUAAGUCUUGUAUGCGAUAAACAUGGUAUAUCUGAUCAAUCAGCUGCUGCGAUUGCUAGUGCAGUAUUAAAAGAUGUAGGAAUAAUGACCGCAGAAGAUCCGUUGAAAAUGUUUGAUUAA